AUGGACACUAAGGCACAAAUUACUAAUCCUUCUCCCUCCUCUAAGAAGAAGCAGUUUAAACCAUAUUGCCCAUACUGUGAAGGGACAGAGCACUACCUCAGCGGCUGUGUAGAUUUUAAGAAGUUAGACCUCAAAGCUGUAGCUUCUUGGAUGAAAGAAAAAUCCAAAUGUUGGCGCUGUGGCCGUAAACAUACCCCCGAGCAGUGCACUCUUAAGAAGAUGUGCAGCACCUGUGGAGAACAGCACUUAUUAGUGCUUCAUGAUCUGGCUGAAGCGAAGAGGAGGGACCCGAAUAUCCUAACAGUGAGCACCAGCCGAGUGUUUUUGGCUCCUAUUAGCCACUCUAGCCGUGUAAUGCUUAAGGUUGUGCCCAUCCAGUUACACUAUCAAAGGAAAUCUCUGGACACAUAUGCUCUUCUUGAUGAUGGCUCAGAGAAAACUAUUAUACUCCCUGCUGCUGUUAAGUUGUUAGGCUUAAUCCAGGAGGAGGAAACUCUGUCUCUGCGCACUAUUCGUCAAGAUGUGAUCCAUAUUAAAGGAGGCUAUGUUUCUUUCCAUGUGUCCCCAAAGGCUAAGCCGAAAAUACGUUACAAGAUAACGCGCGCCUUCACCGCCCAACAACUCAGCCUAGCUGAACAGUCAUGCCCAGUGGAGCUCCUAAAGGAGAAGUAUCACCACCUACAGCGAGUGCAGCUUGAAGGAUUCAAUCAGAUUCAGCCACUUGUGUUAAUCGGUUCUGACAAUGCUCAUCUCAUAACUCCUGUUUGUUCUAUCCUGCGAGGUUCAGCCCAAGGACCUGUCGCCGUCUGCACCAAGCUCGGGUGGACCAUCCAGGGUCCGAGCUGCAGUAUGCCCACACAGCAAGGGGAGGCGCACUGCCUGAACAUAUCAUGCCUUUCUCCCGCCAUUGCCCUUCAACAGGAUGUACAGCGCCUGUGGCAACUAGAUGCUCCUCUUCAUAGACCUGGGAAGGAGGUCACACGCUCAAAGGAGGACCAAGAGGCCAUAGCCAUGUUAGAGGCCAAGACCAUCAGAGUACCUGUGGAUGGUGUAGAGCGAUAUGCCACCCCCCUGCUCAGGAAGAAGGACUUCCCACAGAUGCAUGUCUCCUCUGAAGUAGUUAAAGGCCUUCUGAGGUCCACUGAGCGUAAGCUAGCUAAGAAUCCUGACCUGGCACUCAAAUACAACCAGGAGAUCAAGAGGUUGAUAGAUUCUGGUUAUGUGGUAAAGCUGACUCAAGAGAUUCAUAGCUCUACUGAAUCUUGGUAUGUACCACACCACAUUGUACAUCACAAUAACAAAUCUCGGGUGGUCUUUAACUGCUCCUUUGAGUUCCAGGGGACCGUUCUUAACCACUACCUCCUGCCAGGACCUACCCUGGGGCCUACACUGCUGGGUGUGCUCCUGCGUUUCCGCCAAGAGGCCCCAGAUGUACAUGAGUGGAGAGUCCUGCCCUUUGGGACAACGUGUAGCCCCUGCUGUGCUACCUUUGCCCUUCAGAGCCACGUAAGGGAGCACAGGGACACAUAUAAAGACAUCUACGACUCUGUCCACACAGCUUUCUACGUGGACAACUGCCUGCAGUCCCUUUCUGACCCCCAAGAGGCCAAGUUACUCAUUGACAGAAUGAGAGAGCUGCUUAUCCAAGGCGGAUUUGAGAUACGCCAGUGGGCUAGCAACAUCCCUGAGGUGGUCGCUCAUCUGCCAGGUACGGCCAGGUCAGAUAGCUGUGAACUGUGGCUAAACCUUAAAAGCCUUGAUCCUCAGGAGUCAACACUGGGUCUCAGCUGGCACUGCACUACUGACGUCCUGGGAUACAAGCACCGUCCUGUAACCUACACAACUGUGACGCUGCGCAGUGUCUACAAAGUACUGGCCAGUCAGUAUGACCCAUUGGGUUAUAUCUGCCCCUACACUACAAGAGCAAAGCUCAUUGUGCAGGCCCUAUGGAGCACAGAAAGAGGAUGGGAUGAGCCCAUAGAAGGAAACCUGCUUCAGUCCUGGCUCGAAUGGGAAAAGGAAUUGCUUUAUCUCCAGUAUAUCACUAUUCCCCGAUGUUACGCUCCUCCUCACAACAGCAACAGUGCUACAUAUGAGGCUCACAUCUUCUGUGACGCCUCAGAGAAGGCGUAUGGAGCUGUGGCAUAUCUCAGAGUUAUAGAGCAGCAGGCUCACAUCUCCACCUCCUUCAUCAUGGCACGCUCCAGAGUAGCACCCCGCAAGCAGGUGUCGAUACCCCGACUGGAGCUGUGUGCUGCGCUCACUGGAGCCCAACUGGCCAAGGUACUCCAAACUGAGCUCUCACUACCCCUUCACUCUGUCUACAUGUGGACAGAUUCCACUACAGUGCUUCAGUGGAUCCAGUCCAGCUCCUGCAGGUACAAAGUUUUUGUCGGGACUCGGAUCUGUGAGAUACAGGAGCUGACCUCUCCGGAACAGUGGGGGUAUGUGAACUCUAGUGAUAAUCCAGCCGAUGACAUCACAAGAGGGAAACCACUUUCAGAGCUCACGGUCUCCAGCCGAUGGUCACAUGGUCCACACUUUCUAACACAGACUCCUGACACCUGGCCGAAGCCCCCGACAGAGUUCCUAGAAUGUGGCAGUGAAGAACUCAGAAAGACCGCCUUCUGUGGCCUUACAAAUGUAUCACCAAGUCUGCCAGAUCCAGCACAGUACACAUCUUUAGAUGAUUUGAUUCUGGCCACUCACCAAUCCUUUCAGGGGGCGGCUACCACCUCCUACACGGCAAGUGAGCGCCUGGAGGUAGAGACCCAGCUGCUUCAAUCUGCGCAGAAGGACAGCUUCCCAGAGGAGGUCCAAGCAUUACAAGCAGGUAACCCUGUUCGCCCGAGCAGUCGUCUCAGCGCCCUUUCCCCUGAGUAUGACAGCCCCAGUGGACUAGUAAGAGUGGGAGGCCGCCUGCGUCAAGCUACAGAUGUAGACCCUGACAGCAUACACCCAGUUGUGUUAUUACCUGAUCACCCUCUGACUCAGCUCAUUAUAAAGCACUAUGAUGUUCAGCUGUUUCACCCUGGUGCAGAGAGACUCUAUGCAGAGUUACGCCGCACCUACUGGAUCCUCAGAGGUCGCCAGGCCAUUAAGAAACAUCAGUACCGGUGUGUAGACUGUAGGAGAUGGCGCGCCUCACCCUGCACACCAAAGAUGGCUGACCUUCCCUCAUCUCGGCUGAGACUCUACAAACCGCCCUUCUGGUCUACAGGCGUAGACUGUUUCGGACCAUACCUGAUUAAGAUUGGGCGUAGGAGAGAGAAACGCUGGGGAAUCAUCUACAAAUGCCUCACCACUAGAUGCGUCCACCUAGAUCUCAUCCCUAGCCUCGAUACCGACUCUUUCUUAAUGUCCUUACGCAGGUUUAUUGCACGCCGUGGAAAGCCGUACGAGCUGUGGUCCGACCGGGGCACCAAUUUCAGAGGCGGCCACAAAGAACUACAGAGUGCCUUUGAGAGCAUGGCACCAGAGUUGCAGCAGCAACUGGCUAAGCAGACUAUCAACUUCCACUUCAACCCACCAUACUCUCCUCAUUUCGGGGGAGCCUGGGAGAGGGAAAUCAGAUCGGUUAAGUCAGCCCUGCAAGUCGUCCUGAAAGACCAAGUUGUGGCAGAGGAAGUGCUCCUAACAGCUCUCAUAGAAGUUGAAGGGCUCCUUAAUUCUAAACCACUCGGAUAUGCCUCCUCUGAUGUGGCUGACCCGGACCCCAUCACGCCAAACCUGCAGCUAAUGGGGCGGCGCGAUGCUGCAUUGCCACAGGCAGUAUACGGCCCUCAGGAUGCCCUUUCCAACCGAAGAUGGAAACACAGUCAGGUGAUCAGUGAUCAUUUCUGGAAACGCUUUGUCCAGAACUACCUCCCAGGGCUUCAGCUGAGACAUAAAUGGAGAAAACCCACUGAUAAUGCUGCUGUGGGACAAAUUGUGAUGAUCAUUGACUCCAACCUUCCUAGAGGACUUUGGCCUGUUGGGACCAUCACUAAGGUUUUCCCAGGGACAGAUGGUGUUGUUCGAGCUGCAGAGGUGAAGGUUAAAGACAGUAUCUACAUUCGCCCGGUAACCAAACUGGUGGAGCUCCCUGAAAUGCCUGAGGAUUCAGGUGGCACUACUUCACACUAGUUGACUUUUGAAUGAGUGUAUUUGCCAGGCAAAUACAGGGGCGGCUGUUAAAAGUCCGUGCCCUGACAUAGACUACGUUACCCAUAAUGCACAUGUUUUUUUGUUUGUUUGCAUAGUUGCUAGGCGCUUUCACUUUAGUGUGGUCCAGUCAGUGACACAAGAGCAUCAUUCACGGUGCACAGAAUUGCCAUCCUUUAUUAAUCCUACGCGAUUCUUGUGUGUAUGAGUGCUGUGUGCGUCCUUAAUAUGUAAGUAUGGCUUUUGUAUGAAUGGCGCGUUUGAUUGCAGAAUUAUUAGCCCAGUUGGCGAAGUUGUUAUACUCGCGUUAUUCCGUGCUAUACAGAUGUGGUCCAUUACGGCGCUCCACAUGCGCUCCUAAAGUAGCCAUCCACUGUAUAUACUUCAGUUAUUGCCUUACAAAUAACUGCAAAUAUUAUAUUUAAUGUAUAAUUCGCCUUUUUUGGUACUUUCCACCAUUUGGAGAUUUAUAGCAUUUAUGCAAGUUCAUUUAUAGUGUUAGAGCUCCCACUAGUGGAUUUUUGGUUGUACUGCGGGUCAGUUCUUUAUGCAUCUGUAGUAACCACAGCAUACAUGUUUAUUAAUAUACAUUUUAUUGUAUUUUCUGUUUCAGAUAACCACACACACACACAUAUACACCCACCUACAAACACCUAAUUAUUCACCUGUAAACCAUCAUGUACCCGACUCUUCAUUAAUAAAUUCUUAAACUGCAUCAUUGGAUUGGCCUAUUCCUUCUGACCGAGGAAGACUCAGUUGACGAACAACCCAUAAUCAGUCGCAGACCAGACGCACACGGUCUCUUACAUUCUCAUUGCGUAUCCCUCGUCUCCAACGAUCUUCUAGAACAUUCUUCGUUCCCCAGCUCCUGGAUCCCAACUCUCACCUCUCAGUGCUGUGUGUGUGCUCUUCAAGUCUGGUAAUCCAGUUAUCAUUCCAUCCAGAGUCUCAUUUGUCUC